UCCAGCAUGUGUCCUCAACGCCUGAUCAGUUGCUGGGCAAAGUUCCAGAACAGUGAGACCUCUUGGGAUUCAUCUGAUUUAGGAAAGACCUUUAACUACCAGGUGGAAGUCACCUCAGUGUUCUUUUCAACGGUGGAGUUUUGAGGGCUUUUCGCUGGGUUCUGUUCUGACGGCUGCCUCCCACCAGCGUGAAACAGAAGGAUGACCUUAUUCUGUGAGCAGGACAACUGUGAAAGAAGGAGCUGUGUAUGUGAAAGUCUGUGGAAAGAAAGAGCCACCUAGAAUGUUCCCCCCAAACCAGUCAGUAGAAGGUCUUCUGCAGGGGGCUCCCAACAGAUCCCUGAAUGCCACAGAAACUCCAGGGGCUUGGGACCCAGGGACCCUCCAAGCCCUCAAGAUUGCUCUUGCCGUGGUCCUUUCCAUCAUCACCCUGGCCACAGUCCUUUCCAAUGCCUUUGUGCUUACCACCAUCUUCCUGACCAGGAAGCUCCACACCCCAGCCAACUGUCUCAUUGGCUCCCUGGCCAUGACGGACCUCUUAGUUUCCAUCUUGGUCAUGCCCAUCAGCAUCGCCUAUACCACCACCCACACCUGGAGCUUCGGCCAACUCCUGUGUGACAUCUGGCUGUCUUCUGACAUCACAUGCUGCACGGCCUCCAUCCUGCAUCUCUGUGUCAUUGCUCUGGACAGGUACUGGGCCAUCACGGAUGCCCUGGAGUACAGCAAACGCCGGACUGUGGGCCACGCGGCCGCCAUGAUCGCCGUGGUCUGGGCCAUCUCGGUCUGCAUCUCCAUUCCACCCCUCUUUUGGCGGCAGGCCAGAACUCACGAAGAGAUGUCGGACUGCCUGGUGAACACGUCUCAGAUCUCCUACACCAUCUACUCCACCUGUGGGGCCUUCUACAUCCCGUCCGUGUUGCUCAUCAUCCUCUAUGGCCGUAUCUACAUGGCCGCCAGAAACCGCAUCCUGAACCCGCCGUCCCUCUAUGGGAAGCGCUUCACCACUGCGCACCUCAUAACAGGCUCUGCAGGGUCCUCGCUGUGCUCGCUCAACCCCAGCCUUCACGAGGGGCAUUCUCAUUCCGCCGGCUCCCCUCUCUUUUUUAACCACGUGAAAAUCAAGCUUGCCAAUAGUGUCCUGGAACGCAAGAAGAUUUCUGCUGCCCGAGAAAGGAAAGCCACAAAAACCCUGGGGAUCAUUCUGGGGGCCUUUAUCGUCUGCUGGCUGCCCUUCUUUGUAGCAUCUCUGGUCCUUCCCAUCUGCAGAGACUCCUGCUGGAUCCACCCAGCACUUUUUGACUUUUUCACUUGGCUAGGCUAUCUGAACUCCCUCAUCAAUCCAAUAAUCUAUACUGUGUUUAACGAAGAGUUUCGGCAAGCGUUUCAGAAAGUUGUCCGUUUCAGGAAAACCUCUUAG